CAGUUUUGAUCUGCCAUUCUGCUCCAGCUGUUCUGAAGUCCGAGUCAAUGUUGAACCUGUACGAAGAUGUUCUCCCCUCUGUUCACCAUCUUUCGCCUCUUGGGGGCAUGGUCUUGAAAAACUUCAAUGUUCACUACACAUCAAUGCAACAAGCACUUCUUUGUCCCUCAAGCCGUGGUCGCCUCAACUUCCAGAAACGACGCCUCACAAUGUUGCUUUCAAAGGUUCAGAGCAAUUCACUUGGGCGAAUCGACAGGCUGUUCAACGAGAACACGUCGACUGGGCACAACCUGCCAGGUGGCAGCCGGCCAAGGAUCGAGCUCACCUUUUCUCUUGAUAAGAAGUUGCAGCUGUCCACCUCAAUUUCUGAUUUUCCUCAACACCUUCUCUCAAUUCAAUCCCUCUACAUCUUCAACCAUCCACAGCGAGCUUGGCAGCAGACCAAAAAGCAGCAGCAACAGCAGCAGCAGCAGCAGCAGCAACGUCAAGAAAGCACAUGCCCCGAAAUCCCCCCAAGGCAUCACAGGGUACGAGAAGCCAUCAUUUCUCAGCUGUUGUGUCGAGCUUCAGGGGAGUGGCAGAUCCUCGCCGUCCUUCGUCCCAUGCAGUCUGAAGCGCCUGUCUCGAGACGAAACUCUCAAGUCGCUGUUGGUCGAGGGGCCCAACUGUCCCCGUACAAAUGCUUCACGAUCAUUGUCCAGGAUAGCAAUAUACAUAGACACAAACAGAAGCUGACCUACCCGUCAAACCAACAGAGAUUUAGAACCACAGACAUGGUACCCCACUACUUGCUGCGAAAAUUUGCCGCCGAAUGCGUCAGAGAUGCACAACGGCGAGAGAGGUUGCGCCACCAAGCUCUGGCCCAGGCAGCCGGCGAAAGCCUCCCCGCAGAUGUGGCCAGCUCGUCUUCCAGAGCAAAGCCUACAAGCGUCGGGAAGGAGAAGAAGAAGUCAUCGGGUGAUGGUGACGUCCGCGAAGCCUCUUCCGCGCGGGGGUUGGUGGCUCGAAGCCUCAAGGGUACACACAUGCCCCCUCCCCCGGACUGGCAGCCGGACAGUGGGGACGAAGAAGCUGACGAUGAUGAUGAAGAAGAAGAAGAUCCGUUUGCCGACAUCUUCGAGAGUAACCCCGUCGACGAAGAAGAUCCGUUUGCCGACAUCUUCGAGAGUAACCUCGACGACGACGAUGCUGGGGUGCGAGAGCUCAAAGACGCCAUGGAGUAUUUGCGUCGUGUCCUGACCGCCACGCGAGCCCGAGACGCCGCCGCCCUCCAUGAAGACGCAGGCCACAAUGCCAAUGACGACAUGAGCGUCCCAGCCAAAGACUGUGUUGUGGAUGAAGAGGACGACUUUCUCCUGAUCGAUGUCGGCGACGGCGACGAUGAGGAGAUUCAAGAAUUGAGAGAAGCAUGCGAUGAUCUGCUCAAUGAGCUAGACUAUAUCACGUUUCCGCCUGUCGAUGCCCGGGACUCUUUCCGAGAUGGAGAAGUGGAAGUCAUGUACCUCGACGACAACGACUCUGCUGUCAACGGCACCGGCGCGGCGUCCUCAUCCGCCCGUGCCCGAUCGAACAAGAGGAGACGUGAGGUUGCCCAGGCAUGUGGAGAUCUUUUCAAGAACACUUGUUCUAAACCACAGGGCUACAAAGUCUCCAUCAACUCAGAGUUUGCUGCCCUCUACCAGCAAAAGACCCAAGGUACUACAGGAUCUAAUUCAUACCUACCAAGCAUCAACAGCCUCAGCCCAGCAUCUUUUGCCGAAGCUGAUGCCGCAGCCCGUGUCCCUCGGCGCCUCGGAGCGACGCUGGCCCCAGCUUUUUGCCCCUCCCCCAUGUCCGGCAGUUGGGGCUAA